AUGGCUACAGAUUCAAGUACGGCAUCUAUUGCUGACUGUGCUGGUGUUGAAGUAGCGAAGCCUCAGUCGAAAGUCUGUAUAUAUAAGGUAUGUCCAACUUUGUAGUCUGUUCAGUUUGAUAUGAUCGAUCGAUUUUCAUCAUUCAUGCUGCAAUCAUGCUGACGAUUUGGCUGUUGUGUAUUUAUAGUAUUAAAUUAGUUGUGAUCUUACAGCAUACACAAGUAAUUAGUAUUUAUUAUCGUUGUUUUAACCAGGCAUUUCAAUAUGACAUUGUUCAAUUCGAGGUUCAAUUUCUUUAUAUUAUGUUUUUAAGGCCUCUGUGCAAGAUGUUCUGGAGUUCCUAAAAUCAGGACGCCAGGCUCCUCUUCAUUUUGGCAAUCUUGACAAAGUAACCAAGAAGAAAAACAUGCAUAUGCUCUCUGAAUUCUCGAGAAACUUUAAAUAUGAAGGUACUUAUAUCAACUAACUUUCAUGGAAACUUAAAUUGCUGUUGUUUUUUUUGUUUAAUACAUGUCUUGUUUAAUGAACAUUUUGACUUGUUUUAUAGUUUUGCUUUUCAUGGAAUUUAUUUUAUCUUUACUUGUUAUCAUUGGUUUGGUAUCAUUUGGCAAACUACUUCAACUUAUUGUUUGUUAUAAAUAGAAGCUGUAAGUUAUACAGAACAGGCUAGCUGGCUAGGGGUACCUUUUAACCCAUUGGGUGGCAGACAAGAGAGUAGUACCAUCAGUCAAGAGCGUAACACUAUCAGUCGAGAGAGUAGCACUUUCCUUCUGAUGAGUAAAAAAGCCUGGUGUUAGACAAAGUAAAAUAAUAAAGUAGGCUGCAUUACCACUCAAAUGGUUAAAUUAAUGCAUUAAUUAGUCAAGUAAAACCUCAACCCUCUGUGUCUCAGCGGAUCGCAUCCUCUCUAAAAUAUUUACCCUGGGGCCUCUUACAGAUACUGUAGUGUCCCCCCGAAAGAAACAUAGAGAUGUGUUUCAAAUGCUGAAAUAAGUUUCAGUCCUCCAAGCACUAGCAAAGUAUAAGGUGUCUUUUAAAUCAUCAAUCAACCUUUUCAAGUGGUAGCUCGUCAACUGGGAUGCAUGCACAUGGGAAAAGUUAUCUUGAAUUUCUUCAAGACCGCAUCUAAAAUUGGACUUAAUAGGUCCUGAUGUUCAGCCACUGUGCAGGAUUUAUUUUUUGUUUGGCUGACAAUUCCUCAGCAAUGGGAUAACAAACAAUAUUCUGAAAAAUUCCAAGCAUGCACUAACUACAUUUUUUGUUACAGAUUUUAGUGACACCCUAUAUUACCUGGGGUAUAAACAAGGAAAAGGCAAAUCUAUUGAAAAGAAGGUCAAGGUGCUAUUUACCCGGGAUGAGGUUAGUUAUAUAUAUAUAUAUAUACAUAUAUAUAUUGGAGGAUGCCAGUGACAUGUGGAUAACAAGUAUGCAAAUCUAUCUUAAUGCAUUUUGUUUCAGAUUCAAAAUGUUCUUAAUGACAUUCAUGGCAAUGGGACGACAGGGGGGCACAUGGGAGAGAAACGCACCCAGGCAAACAUUGCUGAGCGAUUCUACUGGAGAACUAUCACUGAGGAUGUAAAGGAGUUU